GAUGUAGAAGAUGCAUCUUUAUCCGAAUCGGUAGCGUAGACAUCUCCUCUGAACCGGAGCCUCAUCAUCCUCCUUCCACUUCGCUUCCGCGCGACGCCAGCACGCAGCAUUUUCCGCUGUUGCCAUUAAUGAAGUAAAAUGAGCGACGUUAUUAGUAGUUAGCACCACUACUAUAGUGUGCGCAAGGGACCAAGCAGCGAGAGCUGAAGGGACUCGAGGGAUUAGCCUAGGGUUUUAGGGCGGCCGAGGCGGCGGCAUGGGCUACCACCACCUCCUCGUCGUCUCGCCGCCGGCGCAGCCGCCGCCGCGGCGCCUCUCCCUCCUCUCCCGCUCGCCGCGUGGAGCCGUCACCGCCGCUGCCUCGCCCGACGCCGCCCGGUCCUUGUCGGUGGUGGCAGCGUCGGCGGCCACGCGAAGGAGGGCCGUGCUCCUGGUCGGGAUCUCCGUGCUCCCGCUCCUGCGCCUCCGUGACGCGGCGGCCGCCGCGCAGCCCUUAGCGGCAGAUCUCGUCACUGAUAAAAUGGGCAUUCAGACGUCUGAGGAAAUGCAGCUUGAAGAAACUAGGGCUAAACCACCUCAGCCUGAGGUGAAAAGGCCAUCUCCAGGGAAUCCUCUUGCAAAUCUUCUGAAUGCAAUUGCAGUUAUUGCUUCUGGGCUUCUGGCUGGGCUUCUUGGUACUACUCAACGUGAAAAGAAGGCCUUGCAGUCAACCAUCUCAUCUAUGGAGAUCAAAUUGGCUGAAGAUGAGGCAGCGAUGUCUGUGCUUAGAGAGAACUAUGAGAAAAGGCUAUUGGAUGAGCAAGCGGCACAGAAGAAACAAGCUAGGAUGUUCCAGGACGAGGAAGCUUCUCUUCUUGAUCAAUUGGCUUCAACAACGAGAACUGUAAAAAAAUUAAAUGGGGAAGUUAUGAAGGAGGAAGAGCUAGUUGGGCAGCUUAAACAUGGAAUACAUGAUCUUGAGAUGAGCAUUGCACAAGCAGAGGAAGACAAACAUGCAUUUGAAGAAAAUUUGAGGGACAAGUUGGAAACAGUUGAUAUUUUACAUGGCAAGGUAAAUCUGCUUAGCCAAGAUGUAAAUGACAAGGAGGAACACAUUACAGAACUCAGUUCAUCACUUUCAACCAAGGAAGGAGACUACCAGAACCUGCACUUGAUGUUUAAUCAGACUAAAGGGAGCCUGGAACAUGCAAAUUCUAGAAUGGAGCAACUGGAGAAGUAUGUUUAUGCAGCUAAAAAUGAUAUAAAAUCAAAGAUAUCCUCAAUUGAUUCAUUGAAUGAGGAUGUCCAAACAUUGUACAGUGCAAAGAGUGAUGCCGAGGAAAAAAUAAAUGAGUUAAUGAAACAGUAUGCGGAAUUGGACGCUGCUUCUGAGAUGAGGGCCUCUCGCGAUUUGGAACUAUUGUCAAAUAAAGAUGAUCAGCUCAAUCAACUCGAAGAACAACUUUCUACUGCAUUAAGUGACUCUAUUGAAGACAGAAUUAUAAUCGCUGAGUUAAACAGUGAAUUGGAAGCUAACAGAACAAUGCUAGUCAAUGAAGUUGAGGCCCGGAAAAAAAUGUCAGAUCUUAUUCAGUCCACUGAAGAUGCACUUAAAGAAUCCAGAAACGAGUUGUUCAAACUGUCCGAAGAGCUUAAUGAAGUAAAUAUAUCUAACCAUUACUUGAGAACCCAGAUUUCAGAAUUCACAAAUGAGUCUAAUGAAGUGAAAGAGGCCCUGACUAACAAAGUAGAAGAAGCGGAAUCAGUUUCUAAAGCUCUUUCAGAUGAAGUGGCCUCACUCAAGGAGAUACUUCAAAAGACGCAAGAAGAUCUUGAAGUCACCUCUAAUCAAUUGGUGUCUAUUACAGAAGUGCACGAUGAACUUAAUAAAGAAUUGCUGGAUGCAUAUAAAAAAUUAGAGUCUGCAACAGAUGAGCUUGUUCGAGAACGACAGAUUAAUUCUAUUUUAAAUAGGGAGCUUGAGGCAUUGGUGGAACAAUCACAGGUGGAAUCUGAAGCUAGAAGAGCUCUUCAUGUAGACUUGGAUGAGGCCACCGUUUCACUAAAUGAGGUGAAUGAGAGUACAUUAUUUCUGUCUAAUAAGCUUGAUAGCACUGUUUCCAGGAUUUGUGCUAUUAAAGAAGAGAAAGAGGUGCUUUCAGCGGCUCUUUUGGAGCAAAAGAAAAGGACAGCCGAAGCUCAGAAAAAUAUGGUGGACGCUCAGCAUCUUAUUAAAAGGCUCGGGAUGGAGAGAGAGAAUAGUGAAAUCAGGAAUAAAAAGCUUGAAGAGGAAUUGGCCACAGCAAAAGGUGAGAUGUUAUAUCUGAGGAGGCAGAUUACUGCAAGUGGGUCACAGAAUACAGAUGUUAUGGAAGCAAGCCCAACACCAAAUUUCAGUCAACCUCUGGAAGAUCGUGUUCCAAAUACCAGUAGUACUGAUGCUGUACCUCCUCGUUCUGCUAAGAAGAUCUAUAGGAGAAGAAAAGACAGACCAUCAACAUAAGCAUUAUCAGAACAUGUGAUCUACCAUCAAUCUUCCAUUUGCUCUCAUUUCCAACAUUUGAAUGGUAGCACUUUAUAAGAAAUGUUUUUGUUUAACUUCCAACAUUUGAAAGCUAGCAUAUUAGACUACUCUAGAUUAUGAGGAAUUGCAAAUGUAUGUUUAUCUGUGUACAAAUGUGUUGUUGUCUUGAGUGUGUCAUGAAUUAUAAUAUGGCGACUCAUGCUAUCUUCUUACUAAAACACUUCAAACUGCA